CUGUGCCCCGAGCACGAACGACUUGCGAAAAAGUAUUCGUAUCGAGAUCGACAAAAAUUUGUAUGAGAUUUGUACAGCGCCCCUAUCGUGCGUAAAAGUAACUAAAUUUGGGAGCACGAACGAUUUUUGUUUACUUUCGUAUCGCUAACGUAUCGACAACUCUACGAUACUCGAGACUUUAUAAACAAAAGUGGCAGCACGAACAUAGUUUUGAAGUAUGGUAUCGUAAAUUUCGAAGGCUGGCUAUCGAGUAUAGUCGAAUCUUUUGUCACUUAGAAUUAGUCGGUGAGAAAAGUUUCGAAACAUUUUAAACCGCUUUAAAAAACAUUUUAUUUAAGUAUUAAGUAUUUUUGUGUGUUUGUUAAAAUGCAAAGGCCACCAAUUUACCAACGUAGUGCUUUAUUUUAUGUUCUUGCUGCAAGAUUAUUAGAAAAUGAGGGAAUUGAACGUGAAACUAGAUUACAGGUUCUUUGCGCGCUAUCUUUUUACGCCACUGGAUCAUACCAGCGGAUAGUGGGAAUGGCAAAGUAUUUAGACCAAACGACAGUCAGUAAAUGUGUCAAGGAGGUAACUGAUGCACUUAUCACACCCGAAAUAUUAGGUCAUUUUAUUAAAUUUCCAAAUACCAGAGCUGAGAGAGAUAUAAUAAAAAACAAAUUUUAUGCUAAGUAUGGUUUCCCUGGAGUGAUAGGGUGUAUUGAUGGAAGUCAUUUCCAUAUCUUUACACCCAAUAAAGAAAUAGAACAUUUAUUUUACUGUAGAAAGCAUUUCCAUUCACCAUUAAAGGAUCUCCUGUGCCAUCACUAUUUAAUUUGUUAGUCAGUUCUUUCCACUUGAUUUGAAUGAAAUGCCGACCUCGUGGACCACCAGAAGGUUUGGA